UUUACUUUAAUUUUUAUUUUUUCUUAGUGGCGCUAAUCCCUGCUAAAACCCUCGGAGAUCCGUUCACCAUAAGCACAGCAAAGCACCGGAAGAGAGGCCGAGAAAAGCAAAGCCAUGGCGAAAGCCGACAACAUCCUCCAAACCCUCGGCGACUUCACCAGCAAAGAGAACUGGGACAAUUUCUUCACCAUACGUGGCCAUGGCGAUGCUUUUGAGUGGUAUGCCGAGUGGCCUGAGCUCAAAGACCCACUCAUUUCCCACCUUCCCACCCUCUCAAAAUCCCCUUCUCCCCAGAUUCUAGUUCCUGGUUGCGGCAACUCCAGCCUCUCUGAGCAGCUUUACGACGCCGGCUUUCGAUGUAUCACCAACAUUGAUUUCUCUAAAGUUGCAAUCUCUGAUAUGCUGCGCCGGAACGUAAGAGAACGCCCUGAUAUGCGGUGGCGCGUCAUGGAUAUGACGAACAUGCAGUUCACGAACGACACAUUUGAUGCUGUCGUUGAUAAAGGUGGAUUGGAUGCUUUAAUGGAACCAGAAGUUGGUUCUAAGCUAGGAAGUCAAUACUUAUCCGAGGUGAAAAGAGUUCUAAAACCAGGAGGAAAAUUUAUCUGCCUUACCUUAGCAGAAUCUCAUGUUCUAGGCUUGCUUUUUCCCAAGUUUCGUUUUGGAUGGAAAAUGAGUAUUCAUGUCAUACCUCCAAAACCACCGUCUAAGCCUAGUUUUCGAACAUUUAUGGUGGUGGUGGAGAAAGAUGAAUCUACUGCGUGGCACCAGAUAGAAUCUUCUUUAAAUUUUUCUUCACUUGAUUCUCGUGGAGACCAGACUCGUGAACUUGUCCAAAGUCUUGAGAACGAGAAUAGAAUUCGCGAAAAGUAUUCUAGUGGUGAUGAUUUGUUGUUCUCUCUAGAAGACCUGCAACUUGGAGCAAAGGGAGAUCUGCAGAAACUUCACCGAGGCCGUCGAGUUCAAUUUACUUUAGGUGGACAAGGGACUUCUAUUUUCAGUUACAGAGCUGUACUUCUUGAUGCUCGGGAGCAUUCUGGCCCAUUCUCGUAUGAAUGUGGAGUUUUUAUAGUGCCCAAGACUCGAGCUCAUGAAUGGCUGUUCUCUUCAGAAGAAGGCCAGUGGAUGGUUGUUGAAAGCUCAAAAGCUGCUCGCCUUAUAAUGGUUCUAUUAGAUGAAACGCAAUCUGGUGCCAACAUGGAUGCUAUUCAGAAAGAUUUGUCUCCCCUAGUCAAACAAUUGGCACCUGGAGAAGAUGACAGUGGAUCUCAAAUUCCAUUUAUGAUGGCUAGUGAUGGAAUCAAGGAACGCAAUUGUGUUUUCCAGGGUACAUCGUCUUUAACUGGUUCAAUAGUAGUUGAAGAUGUAAAAUAUGAACAUGUAAGCGGCGAUGCCAGUCGCAUCUUCCCAUCUGGAGAUUUGAUAUUCCGCCGUCUUGUUUUCCAAAGAACGGAGAGUUUGGUGCAGUCUGAAGCUUUGUUGACAAGGGAGAGAGUUGAUGACAAAGUUUCUGGUCAGAUGGACAGGAAAAAGUCUCAUGCAUCAUCCAAAUCAAAAAAUAAAGGAAAGAAGAGACUUAAUAAGGAGUCUAGUGACCAAAUGAAGGCUUAUCAUGGGUACCUGGCAAGUUCUUAUCAUUCGGGGAUCAUAUCUGGUUUUAUGUUGAUAUCUCAAUAUUUGGGGAGUGUGGCAUCAGCUGGAAAAAUGGUGAAUGCAGUUGUCAUUGGUCUCGGGGCUGGUUUGCUGCCCAUGUUCCUCCGUGCAUGCAUGUCUUUUUUGCACAUUGAGGUGGUUGAAUUGGAUUCAAUGAUCCUCAAUCUUGCACGGGAUUACUUCGAUUUUACUGAGGAUGCAAAUUUGAAGGUUCAUAUUGCUGAUGGUAUUCAGUUUGUUAGAGAAUUCAGAAACUAUGGGACAAAUGGUUCAACGGUAGCUCUUGAUAAUGGAAACUCUUCUCAAGUAGAACAAGGAAACAAGAAAGUCGACAUACUUAUCAUAGAUGUGGAUGCAACAGACUCUAGCUCUGGAAUGACCUGCCCAGCGGCUGAUUUUGUAGAAGAGUCAUUUCUACUGGCAGUGAAAGAUGCCCUCUCCGAGCAGGGUCUUUUUAUUAUAAACUUGGUCACAAGAUCUCCAACCGUUAACAAUAUGGUGGUCACGAGGAUGAAAGGAGUCUUCAAUCACCUCUUUUCCCUUCAACUUGAGGAGGAUGUGAAUGAAGUGCUAUUUGCUCUUCCUUCAGAUUUAUGCAUAAAGGAGGAUCAUCUCUUCAAUGAAGCAUCUCUUCAACUUGAGAAACUUCUAAAUUUGAAACACCUAGAAAUGAGGCAGAGCAUAGUUGAUGCUACAACGAAGAUCAGAUGUUUGAAGUAGAAGCUAGCACUUUCUUUGAAAAAUAUUGUAAUGUACAGUAAGAUAUAUGUUCCCUUUAUAGAUUUAAGUUUAUCAAGAAAAUAAUAGGGUGGAGUUAUUUUUGCUUAGAAGAAUGUUGAUUCAUGGCCAUGCUAGAAAGGCUGAAACAUAUUCAUAUUUCUCUUGAUUCAAUUUUUGUGUUCUGACUAUAUAUAUUAUGUUUUGUGGUAACUUUGCCACAUUGAGAGUUUGAUUGAUCGUAAGUGAUUCGAACUUCUAAUAUUUUGGUUAAAGUCAAGCUA